AUGUGUCAUGACCUCAGAAUACAGCGCAUGACUCAUGGAGAUAAGACUUUGGAGGGUUACAGUAGAUGUCUCUCUUCCGCCAGUGUUGCCAAGGCUAUAGAUCAGAUUAAGAGUCAAAAUUUUCAUGAUUACUAUAAGAAAAAGGACUUUGUUUAUAUAAAUAAAAGAAUUUCUAUCUCGAGAAAUCUAACAGUAAGCCUAACAGUAACAGAGACUAAAAGAGAAGAAUGUCCUGCGAGAGAUGACUCAGGAGCCAGACUAUCUCCCAAGCCAGCAGCGACUCAGGGGGCUGUCCCUCGUCCCUUGAAAGUACACGAAGAAAAAAAAAACGUUUCUUGUGUUCCCUGCGACUCUUUGUAUUUCCUCAAAGUUCCCAAGUGCGCUUCGACUACCAGCUUCCAGAUAUUUGUCACAUACGGCAUCAAACACAGCCUGACCUUCGCGCUCCCCCCCAACCCAGGUCUCGUGCCCAUCUCUCCCCGAAUCCUUCCUCCUGAGUACCAUCGCUCGCCCGACGGACGCUAUAACAUGGCGGUCUGUCAUACGCAGUUCAACAAGGAAGGGGCCAGGCAGGUGAUGAAAGAAUCGGCCAAAUAUGUUGCAAUUGUACGAGAACCAGCAUCGCGCUUUGAGUCCGUCUGGUACUAUGCGAACUAUGAAAGGGUCGCGUCGACGUAUUCAAGGAAACAGAAGAUAUUCCUGAACACGAUUGCCAGCUAUUUCGGCGUCAAGGAUCCCAGCGACAGGAUAACCGAGAGGGAAAUGGACGUCAAGGCGAAAGAACUCCAACAAAGCUUCGACCUGGUGAUGAUUACCGAGAUGUUUGACGAGUCGUUAGUUCUCCUGAAGCAUCUCAUGUGCUGGGAGACCGAAGACGUGGCGUACGUGCGGGCUAAAGUGCGACAGCCUGAUCACAGGAGUAGACUGACGGAGGCGCAGAAGGACAAACUCCGACGGCUAAACAGGCAGGACGUCUUUCUGUACAAGUUCUUCAGGAAAAUCUUCGAGGAAAAAGUCAAGGCCUUCGGGAAGGAGAGGAUGGAGAGGGAAGUUAAGGAGAUUGGCGAGGCGAGUGAGCGUUUUAUCGAAGACUGUGGAGCUGAGCUCAUUGGGUCUUUCAGGACUGUGAAAACCUGGAAAGUCAAAAAACGCUCAAGCAUCUGCAGAAUGAUUACGCUGAACGGGGUUGAUAUUGAGAAACAGCUGAGAAAGAGACAAAGGAUAUGGGUCAGGAGUAACUUGACUUACGACUUGUCGACGUGGAAAUUCACGUAG